AUGUCGUCAACAAAUUCCGACGCUUCAGGGUCGGCGACAGAUUCCGCCACAGGGACAGCAGCUUCAGUCACCAGCUCUAUCGUCAGCUCGCUGAUCUCUUCAGCUAUCUCCGCUUCUGAAACCCUGAGUGCAUCCGAAACCGCCUCUGAUGAGCCUACAAAAACGUCGGGUGGCAUCUUGGGCACCACCCCCGAGACGACCAGCGCUGCCGACACCGAUCGGGGUAUUGGAAUCGUCACUUUCCUCACUGCGUUGGUAGUCGCCGUUGUUAUCUUUACUGUUCAACUUGUGGCCUUUCUUCUCCUCCGCAACAAACUGGCCCGCAUCUUUAAACCCAAGACCUACCUCGUGCCCGAACGUGAACGAACCGAAUCACCGCCCCGGAGUAUUGGUAGUAUGCUCAAGACAUUAUGGCACUACGAUGACCGUGAAGUGAUCAACAAGUGUGGUCUUGAUGCCUAUUUCUUUCUCCGCUAUUUGAAGACCCUGCUCAUCAUAUUUCUUCCCAUCUGCUGCAUUGUUAUGCCCAUCUUGAUUCCUAUCAACUUUGUGGGCGGUAUUGGACAGAAAGUCAAUGUCAACGAGACGGAGCGCAGAGAAGCCGGAAAUAAGCCCACUGGUCUGGACACUCUCGCAUUUGGAAACGUCAGCCCCAAAAAUACAGACAGGUAUGCUGCUCACUUGCUGAUGGGUAUUCUCGUGGUUAUAUGGGUGUGCUGGGUAUUUUUUGUUGAGCUCAGGGUCUACAUCAAGGUUCGACAAGAUUACCUUACAAGUGCGGAGCACCGCCUUCGUGCUUCGGCUACUACCGUCCUAGUGAACUCAAUUCCUGCCAAAUGGCUCAGCGAGGAUGCUUUGAGGGGUCUCUUCGACGUUUUCCCCGGCGGCAUACGAAAUAUCUGGAUCAACCGAGACCUAUCGCCUCUACUUGACAAAGUCAAAGAACGAAAUGAUAUCCACGCCAUGCUUGAGUCUGCGGAAACCGACCUCAUCAAAGCUGCGAAGAAGGCUCAGCUCAAGCAGGCAAAAGCAGCAGAGAAGAAGGAGCGAAAAGAGAAGAAGCUCAAGGCGCUUAGCAAGCACGAAAGAGCUGAACGACAGGCAGAGGUAGACGCCGAAGCUCAGAGAAUGGCAAACAGUGCCGGAGGACAAACUGCUGGUGACAAGCAUGAUGUUCCCCAUGAUAUUGAUGCUGGUGUUCGUGAGUCACAAUAUGAGACGUAUCUCAACGAAGAACACAAGCAUGAGCAUGAUGAGAAGGCCAAGUCAAGGGGCUUUAGAGUGCCUCUUUUGGGUGAUCCGCUUUCUAAAGUGGGCCAUGGCAUUAUGGGCGUCGUUUCUAAGACUGGCAACAAUGUUGAUGAGACUUUGGAGACAACCAAUGGUUUCAUGGGCAUAUCACAAACCAACGAGAACCGAGUCCCAUCCCGCAAUUCUGACAGACAUCGAAAUCAGGCUUCGGUAGAUGAAGAGGAGCUUAACUCGCCCUCAGACACCCUCCGCGUGCAGAAUAACCAGUCGCGAAACAGCACUAGGUACUCAGCUGAGAGCACCUCUGCAAUUAAUAAGCCAGCACGCGAACACUUUGGUGAUCAAGGCAACACUGUUCGCAAGAUUGGCAACAUCGAUGAGAUCUACAUUCGAGGGGAGUCAAAGUGGUGGGAAUUCUGGAAGCCUCCUCCUGGUGCUUAUACUUCUCCUGUUCCCCAGGGAGAGGUAUCUCAGGCUUACAGAGACCGCAAGACCAACGAGAACAAACCUCUGUGGCAAAGGAUUAAAUAUGCACUGCCAUUCGUCAAGCCAGAAUUCGAAGAGACCGUCGAAUAUGAAAUUGCCUACAACCCUGACUACAAAGAGGACGCCGAGCCUGCGGAAUGGGAGAAAUAUCUUAAGAAGAAAGAUCGCCCAACGCAUCGUCUUCCUCUGUUCGGACAGUCCUGGCUCUUCGGAGUUGUUUUCGUCACCAAGAAGGUCGAUACAAUCUAUUGGUGCCGCGAACAGCUGGCCCGCCUGAACCUGGAAAUCGAAGAAGAUCAAGCCCACCCUGAGCGCUUCCCUCUGAUGAACUCAGCAUUCAUCCAGUUUAAUCACCAAGUCGCAGCUCACAUGGCCUGCCAGAGUGUCAUUCACCAUCUUCCCAAGCACAUGGCCCCGAGAAUGAAUGAAAUUGCCCCCAGAGAUGUGAUCUGGGAUAAUAUGGCAUUCUCUUGGUGGCAGGAAUGGCUACGGGGUGGAAUUGUCUUUAUCGCAAUUGUGACUAUGGUUUUCCUAUGGGCUAUCCCUGUUGCUUGGACAGCUGCGUUGAGUCAGCUUGAUAACUUGAUUCGCAACAACAAGUGGCUACACUUCCUCAAAGACAACGACGCACUUCACAAUGCAGCCAAAGCAAUUGCUGGUGUCCUGCCAGCUGUUUUGCUUGGUUUGCUGUUAUUCUUGGUUCCAAUCAUUCUGGGCUUCUUUGCCGAUUUCAAAGGUGCGAAGACGGGAUCCCAGAAGGCUGAGUUUGUGCAGCGAUACUACUUCGUUUUUCUGUUCAUUCAAGUUUUCCUCAUUGUCUCCAUUGCGUCGUUCUUCGCGGCAUCUAUUGACGCUAUUAUCGAGAAUGUCAAGGAAUUGCAGACCGUUGGCUCUGUUCUUGAUCUGCUUGCAAAUAACCUUCCCACUGCCGCCAACUACUUCUUCUCUUACAUGAUUCUGCAGGCGAUGUCCACAAGCUCUGCUACUCUCCUCCAACUUGGAGCUCUGCUCAUGUGGUAUGUUAUUGCCAAGAUGCUUGACAGUACCGCUCGUAACAAGUGGUCUCGAAACACCAAGCUUAACCAGGUUAAUUGGGGACGUUUCUUCCCUAUUUACACCAACUUUGCCUGCAUCGGACUGAUAUACUGUGUUAUCGCGCCACUCAUUUCCAUAUUCGCUAUUAUCACUUUCGCUCUGUUAUGGAUGGCUCAACGAUACGCAAUGCUCUACGUCACUCGAUUCGAGCAUGAUACUGGUGGUGUUCUGUACCCCAGAGCAAUCAACCAAACCUUUACCGGAAUCUACUUCAUGGAACUUUGCAUGGCAGGUUUGUUCUUCAUCACUGAGGAUGAGAAUGGUAAGAACACUUGUACAACUCAUGGUAUCAUCAUGAUCGUUGUUCUCAUCCUCACUGUCCUCUACCAAGUGUUGCUCAACUACUCAUUUGGACCACUGUUUCGAUAUCUUCCGAUCACAUUUGAAGAUGAGGCAGUGUUGCGUGACCAGGCAUUCCAGAGGGCCCAGGACCAGCGGCUUGGUCUCCUCGAUGACGAUGAGCUACAAGAAGAGGCUGAAGAAACAAAUGAGCAUGAGAAGACUCACGGAUCUGAGAACGGUAACUCCAUCGAAAUGCGCCGGUUUGGUUCAGUGCGACGCCCGAUGAAUAAGGUCGGAACAUGGGCAAAGGGUGGAGGUCAACAGCUUCGCAAGUUUGCUGCGGUGAACAAGGCAAAGGAUAAGAACAAGAGAGCAUCGCAGUACAGGAAAGAGCACCGUCAGAAGGAUAUUGAGGCUCAGCGUGCUAUAGGAGAAGCACUCUUUGGUGGUAUUCACGACGAAAUCGAGGACCUCACUCCAGAUGAAAGAGAUGCGCUCGUUAGACACGCUUUCCAGCAUGAGGCCCUCCGAGCACGUCGACCAACAGUCUGGAUUCCUCGCGACGAUCUUGGCGUUAGUGAUGACGAGAUCCGUCGAACACAGGCAUACAGCGAACACAUCUGGAUCAGCAACGAGGGCACAGCUCUCGACAGCAAGGUUCGUGUCGUUUACGGCAGAGCUCCCCCAGAUUUUUCAGAGGUGGACUUGAUCAACUUGUAA